AUGUCUGCGAGUGAAUUAGAAGAAUUGCUGGAGAAGAUGACGGGUCAAAGUGUGAAUAAAACUCCUUGGUGCUUCGAUGCGAGCUCUUUCUCCGCUCACAAUCACUCACAAGAAGACUAUCGACUUAUGCAAGAAUUUCUGCUUUCCUAUUGGCACUUCAGCGAGCUUUUUGGUGGAUACAACUUCUUUAGUUACGUGUUCAAUGGCUGGGUCACAUUGCUAUUGAGUGCACUUGGAUUCUUUGGGAAUUCUCUUUUAUUGUUGCAGAUCUACAGCAACCGUGUAUUCUCGAAACGGCUCUCCAUUCAUUUGAUGAUGAUCUGCAUCUGGGAUAUCACGUUUCUCUUUUGUUGCCUUGCCACCUACUCGGUGCCAGUGCUCGUUAAUGGAAGCCUCAUGUUUUACGGUUGGAUGGCCUAUGUUCUCUACAUUCUGCAGCCAUUAGCCUGUUUCUGUAUCUCGGCCAACAUUUGGCAUGUUCUAGCGAUCUCAUAUGAAAGAUACCGAGCCGUCAUUGAUCCAUUAGGACACCGCAGAACGCAAGAUCGUUUUCGGAUUUGGUUGAUUGUCGGUGGAAUUUCCUUCGGAGCUGCACUUCUAAAUGGGAUUUCAAUUCCAUUUGAAAAAAUGCUUCAUCCAUGCUACAUGAUCGAGUCAAAAGAACGAGAAAAUGGCACUGAGACGAGCCUUUAUCUGUCAACAAUUUUACUGAUGAAUCAAGAACCUUGGAUAAAUAUCGUUUUUCAUCUGAUCCCCGAUCUGCUUCUACGAGCCCCUUUACCACCGCUCGCAAUCCUUUGGUACACCUAUAAAACGCUCGCCAAAUGUCAUAAACGGAAGCAAAUCGGCACCACUGUUGUGAUAUUGCCGACAAAUCGACGAAUUGAGACCCGGCUUUAUCUCCUAGCCGCCAAGUUCAUCCUCUGCAAUUUCCUCUUUUUGAUCGUUUUUGGAAUGAUCGAAUGGUAUGGAAUGGGCAAUUAUAUCAAACGAACCGAGCCGGGAAGCGAAAGAGAUCAGCAAUUGGUCAAUCGAUACUGGUACAGCUAUUAUUUGACGGAUGCGAGCAAUCUCUUGCUAUCAUUUCAUGCAGCCACCAAUUGGUUGCUCUUCUACAAUUUCUCGACAUUUAUGAAAAAGCACAGCCUUGCCGCGAGCACCUCAAUGACGUCAAUCCAAAAAAGCAACGCGAUCACAGAGAGCUUCGCCAAGUUUGUGCUCACAUUCAUUGACGGGAAACAACACCAAAUUGGAAGAGAGAUUUUGGCAAAGAUCUGUUGGGAGAUGCCAAUUGUCAAGCAAAAGAUUCUACCCAACUAUACUCCUCAUAACUAUGCCCUUUUGGCCACAAAUCCAACGGUGAGAGAGUGCGGAGAGAUGGUCGGCGAUUUCAUACAAAUUUCUCUGGAAUGGUUCUCUGACCCAACCUUACCGUACUCAGAAAUUCGGGAAAUUUGCCGAAAACUCGGUGUCGCACAAUUCGAGUCAAAAGCCAACUUCACUCCACAACAAUGGAAACAAAUGCGAACGAUCUCGAUCUCGACUCUUUUCAUGUUCAUCAUGAAAAAUUUCAACUCAAGAGAAUACACGAAAAAUGAAAUUGAAUUGGGAUUGACGAAAGCGUUUAACUUUUUGCUUUCCGAAACGAAACAAGCAGCACUUUGUGCUUUGGUGGAAGCGCAAAGAAAGUCAACUCGUCCCCGGCGCUCAGCCUCGACAUCGCGAAGUCUCCGCGAAUAUCCCCGUCUCGGUCAACCAUUUGUCACCCCGAGAUCCGAUCGACAAAAACUCCUCGAUACAAAUGAGAACUCAAACGAAACGGAAAGUCAACCACUU